CCAGCCCUAUCCACCACUGCUGACAGGUUUAAACGCAUCUCCUGCUUGUACCGGGGUGUGAUUUCCUGCCAUUCUUUAUAUCUGAACAGCAGACAAAGAGGCCACACUCAUCGAGGCCAGGACAGUCUUGGCCGAAGAAAACUCACUAGGCAGAGGCGGGAUGCAAAGAUGCCCUUACACCCACCGGCCAGAAGGCCUCACGGCCAUCGCAGAAAUGGAAGUGAGGCACAAACUGAAGCUACAAUCCAGGAUACAGGGAGGCUUCCUUGCCCAAGAAGGGUGGGUGCGACUGUCUGUCCCAUCCAAGGGCUGGGACAUCGGGCUGCUCGAAGACCCCGAAGGGGUGUAGGGACUACAUCUGCCUCAAGGGCUCCACGUACUGGUGCCCUUAUGCCUGCAACGCGCAACCGUCCAAGAUUCAUCCACUACCGGGUUCAACCCCCUCGGACCCAUGUCAGCUUCAAGAGACCCAAACGGUCCAGGACCCAUCAAUCCCACACUAAGGUGCCAGGCUGGACCCAUGAGAAACGGAUGGGGAGCAGUGUCGAGGAAGGGCUCCGGCCUGAGCUAAGUCAGCUGGAACAAGAUGCAGACAACCUAGGGGAAGAAGAAGCUGCCAGGCUCCCGGUGACUCCCCUGAAUGGGCUCCUGAUGGAAGGAGACAAGCAUCCCAAUCCUGGUCAGGGCCCUUUCUUCUACAUCGGAGGCACCAAUGGAGCGUCAAUAAUCAGCAACUACUGUGAGAGCAAGGGCUGGCAACGCACUCAGGACAGUCGCUGUGAGGACUACAAGCUAAAGUGGUGUGAGAUCAAGUGCAGGGACAACUACUGCAGCUUCCGGGAAGGCCAGCAGCUGCUGUUCCAGCUUCCCAACAACAAGCUGCUUACUACCAAGAUCGGGUUGCUCAGUGCUCUGCGGGAGCAUGCACGCACUUUGAGCAAAGCCAGGCUAAUGCCCAGUACCCAGGCCAAGGUCCUGAAAAUGGAUGAGUUUUUCCCAGAGACCUAUCGGCUGGACAUCAGGGAUGAGAGACAGGCUUUCUUCACUAUGUUUGAUGAAACCCAGAUGUGGAUCUGCAAGCCUACAGCCUCCAACCAGGGAAAGGGCAUCUUUCUGAUCAGGAGCCAAGAGGAGGCUGCUGCCCUGCAGGCCAAGACCCAGAGCAUUGAGGAUGACCCCAUCUACCGCAAGAUGCCCUUCCGUGCACCCCAGGCGCGAGUGGUGCAGAGAUAUGUCCAGAACCCGCUGCUGCUAGAUGGGAAGAAGUUUGAUGUGCGCUCCUACAUGCUCAUUGCCUGCGCCAUGCCCUACAUGGUCUUUUUUGGCCAUGGCUAUGCCCGCCUCACCCUCAGCCUGUAUAACCCUCAUUCCAGUGACCUCAGUGGUCAUUUGACCAAUCAGUUCAUGCAGAAGAAGAGUCCCCUGUACAUGCUGCUGAAAGACAGCACCGUGUGGAGCAUGGAGCACCUCAACCGAUACAUCAAUGAAAAAUUUAGGAAGUCCAAGGGCCUCCCCAGAGAUUGGGUCUUCACCACCUUCACGAAGCGGAUGCAGCAGAUCAUGUCCCACUGCUUCCUGGCUGUCAAGUCCAAGCUGGAGUGCAAGCUGGGUUACUUUGACCUCAUUGGCUGUGAUUUCCUGAUUGAUGAAAACUUCAAGGUGUGGCUGCUGGAGAUGAACUCCAACCCUGCCCUACAUACCAAUUGUGAAGUCCUGAAGGAGGUGAUUCCUGGAGUGGUUAUGGAGACCUUGGACCUGGCGCUUGAGACCUGCCAAAAGAGUUUGCACAGUCAGAAGAUGCUGCCUCUGCAGUCACAGCGUCGCUUUGUGCUCCUUUACAAUGGCGAGACUACAGACUUGUGGCCGCGCUUGGGGAGCUCACGCCCACCUAUCCGCUUGCCUUAUGCUAACUCUAACCAUGCCCGGUCCACCUACGAAAUCUCAUCCUCUUCGCUUACCUCAACACGUGUCACUAUCGCAGACCGGCCUGCGGCACGCAAGUCGAUGUCUUCCAGAACAGCUCCUAUUUGCACCUCCCGCAAAUCGCGGCUGUCUGACUCGGGCGGUGUCUCCACAGAGGAGUCUGAGGCCUCUGUUUGUUCUGGGCUCCCGGAAGGCAGCAGGGACGCAGCCCGGGAACCCUCCCUGGGGCCAACUGAGGAAGAGCGAGAGGAGGAACAGAGGAGCACGAGCCAUCGAGGCUCCUAGCAGCCACAAGCAUCCAGUGGCCCUGCGCUUUGCCAUGCCCUCUCCAGGACCUAUAAAAGCUACUUUGUGACAAAUGCGACCUCCAGAAACCGAUCCCAUAUGGGCGCCCCAAGCUCUUCUGUCCCCACUUCUCUCUUUGCUCCUUGAUUGUCCUUAGAGGAAGGUGAGGGGAGCAGGCAGAAUGGGAAUGAGUUCUUCAGGAAGGGAAAAACUCCCCUGAUCUCUUUUUCCUUCUCUGGGGCAGCUCACCAAACCCUGGGUCCCCGUUUGUGGCUCUCUGUUACUCAUUCUGUAGGAACCUCCUGAAACUCCAUGGCCUUCUUGACCUCUGCAGCCUAGCACUAGGACCCACCCACUGUUCUAUGGAGUCCCUAGGAAAGGUCUUGGAUGCCCAUGGAACUCUGGAAGGCCCCACCUUACCCCAUUACUAUUCUGGUGCAGAGCGGAAGUUCGUCCUUAUCCUGCCCAAGACCUAUCUUCUGGACUUUCAGACACUUUGUGGAACACUGUCUACAGCCAAAGCCCCCAUUUCCCUACAAAGGCCUGGAGUUUGUCAGGCAUGAGAGGCACAAAGGAGUUGGCUGUGACAGGACAGUUUCCAGGAAUGACUACUCUAAACUGAUAUUAGUGAUUAGAGCAUUCUCUAAUGCUCGUGCCCCUAGUUAGUUAGCAUGGGGGUUUGAAAGGGGAACACUGACCACUUCAAACCUCUGAGGUGUCCACAUCUUACACCAAAGCAUCCAGAACACUGCCGGUAAGUUCCUCCAGUCAAACCCUGUCCUCUGAAGUUAUCCCACCCCUGCAAAACUCCAAAAGGACUUUCCACAGACUUCCGGAAGGUCCUUCCCAGCUUGAAUCCUCUCUUGCAUAUCCUUGCCCUCACUUCUGACCUUUAGUUAGUCCUAAUCAUCAAAGCCUAGCUCUACCACAAGUGGGAGGAGCGCCAGACUGGUCCCUGUUGUUUAGUGGAGCAAAGUCCCUCAGUGGGUAAGGAAAUCUUCCUGGCACAGUAGUCUCAACUGUGGCACGGUUUCUAAGCUACAAUGGCCCGGCCACCACUAGAGGGCUCUGUCUACAGCAGAGGAACCUUUUAACAGGAAAACAAAAGGAACUGAGGCUCAUAGAGGUAAAGUGAGGCUCUCAGGUCCCAGAGGAAAUGAUCACGGAGACCCUACUUUAGUUUGUGAACAUCCCACAUCUUUCCACAACCUCCACGACCCUUCUCCAUUCAGACUGUCCAUUCCACUCCGGGUGUUUCAGCCUACUCUUCUAAGUUCAGUCUUCCCGUUGCGGCCUAGAGCAUGAGGGCAAGGUGAAGUGUAAGCAGUCUCGUCCUCAUGUGACCAAGUUCAGUGUCUUCUAUAGCAGAUUGUGGUUCCUCUUGGAAAGAACCUGUCCGGGCCUGUGGGUCUCCGGGUGUCUGCUCUGAAGUCCACCAAGCUAGGAAAAUGAGUCUCUGUGGAGCCUAAGCGCCUUGACCGGUUACUGGGGUCAGGGCAACAUUUCUGCUGGUUUCCAUGGUGCUACAUAGCCAUGUCCCCUGGGGACACCUGUCACUGCAUUCUCAACUGUGCCACCUAUGUGUUUCCAUAGCCUCACAGUUCUUCGACCAAG